AUGAAGAAUGCCAAGUCUUUCUUGGGAUACUCUCAACUCUCGGCCGAAAUCACGGCAGGCAAGACAGACCACCGUGAACAGAUUGAUCUUUCUACGGAGCAUCCAAUCCCGGGGCCCAACGACCCGUUAUACUACAACCUCCUCGCCCCAAACCAGUGGCCCUCGGAAUCCGCCCUCCCGGGCUUCCGCGCCACCUUCACCGAGUACAUGGACCGCAUGGGCGAGAUCUCCAUUGCCUUCACCUCUCUGAUCGCCGAGGCCAUUAAGCUUCCGCCCUCCGCCUUCUCCAAAUACUUCGACGCCAAACAGCAGCACAAGCUCAAGAUCGUAAAGUACCCGGACCUGCAGGAGCUCGGCAUCACCGACCAGGCCGUCCAGGGCCAGGGUGUCGGCCCGCACAAGGACAGCAUGCUGAGCAGCUACCUCCUUCAGGCGAGCCAUCACCGCGGGCUGCAGGUGCAGAACGUCCGGGGCGAGUGGAUUGACGCGCCGCCGAUUGAGGGGACGCUGGUGGUAGCCAUUGGGCAGGGGUUGGAGGCACUCACGCAGGGGGUGUGCGUGUCGACGACGCAUCGCGUGCUGAGCCCGGCUGCCGGGCAGGGCGCGCGGUUCUCGAUUCCCUUCUUCCAGGGAGUAAGGGGGGAUGCGGAUUUUGAGGACCUGGAAACUGUGGGCGUCGGACAGGUGCCAGAGGAUAUCAAGGAGCAGAGGAGGGCAGUGCUGGAGAGGAAUGGCGGGACGAGGCUGGAUGAUGUCGAGUUUACGUUCCGGAAGGGCGGGGUCGCGAAGACCCUUGGGGAGGCGACGUUGAGGAACCGGGUCAAGAGUCAUCCGGACGUUGGGGAGAGAUGGUAUCCGGAUAUCUUGGCUGCGAUCCGGGAGGAGCAGGCGAAGGCGGCUGCGGCGAAGGAGGAGGGGAAUGGAAAGGGGGUUCCUGUGGCGUCUUCGGUUGCGGUACCGGCUCAUUGA